CGUCGUUGCCCUUGGCUUCGGCGAACGGUAGGCGCCCCUCCCCGGGUUUCCUCACAACGUUACGCUGGGGCAACCGGUAGGGUCCUGGGAGAAGAUGCACGGUGACCGCAAGUUGCGAUGCAACUUGUGCAAGCACCUGUGGCAGGGGAACCAAUCGAAGGCCGCGAGGCACUUCUGCCAAUUGAAGAAGUGCCGUGUUGUGCAGUUCGACGUGCUCGUUGAAAUUUGGAACGGCACGGACUACAGAUUCGAUGAGCGACAUCGCGCAUCCAUCCGCGCAUACAUGGAGGAGCACGGCAUCACAGACUCCCGAGCAGUUGCUGGAGGUUGCACAGACAGGGAUGACGUGCAAGACGUGCUUGACGAGAUGGAGGAGCGGGAGGGGGUGGAUUUGCCAGGGGAGGAGGUCGUGAUGACGUCGCGUGGGGAGGACACUGAGAUCCGAAAGGGGAAGAGGCCGAUGGGGGAGACCGACCAGGCAGCGACCCAACCGGGGAAGAGGGUCCGCCAGUCGAAGAUCGACGAGGUCUACACUGCGGACAAGCAAUCGGUCUUCAAUGACAAGUUUCUGCAGUGGAUUUAUGACUCUGGCAUUCCGUUCAACGCGUUCAGGAGGCAAUCGUGGAGGGAGGUCCGGAAGGUGGUGGAUCAGCUGCCUAGAGGAGUGCAGAUGCGAUUUCCUGCCUUUAAGGAAAUCGGUGGAGAUGGAGUGCCCGAGCAGAGGGCGAAGGUGGUGGCUUUAUUACGGGAGGUUCGAGAGUCGUUCAGUCACAGCGGCGCCACCAUCUUGUCAGAUGGUCGGAAAUCGCGUGAUUCUCGACCCAUCGUGAACUUCCUUGCUGCGGGUGCCACUGACGCCCUACUCUACGCCACCAUUUGCCGCGACAGUUUUGUACACGAGACGGGCGUCAUUGUCUUCCGCAGGUGGAAGGCCAUCAUUGAGUCCUUCCCUGCGAAGAACGUCAUAGCUUUCUAUACAGACUCCGCUAGUAACUACACAGCGGCCGCUCGUUUUCUCGCCGCAGACCCCGAUCCAGUGGUCCGGCGCACCACUUGGCUCCCCUGCUCGACCCAUGUCUGCAACUUGAUGUUGUCAGACAUAGGGACACGAGUGGGGUGGGAAGUUGACACCAUUAUCCGUGGACGAGCGAUGGUGCGAUUUAUUAAAUUGCACGGCGUAGCUCUCGCCCUUUACAAGAAGAAGAGCCCGCGCGUUUCGCUUGUGCAGCCAGUUGAGACUCGCUUCGCAUCAGUUUUCAUGAUGUUGACUUGUCUCCUUGGGAGAUGCGACUCGCUGGAGGCGAUUUUGCAUGACGACGCCUGGGCGAGUAUCCCUUGGGAGCGGAGACUGCUACCCCAGGCGAGAUGGGUGCGUCUCCAGAUUCGAGAUGGCGAGUUCUGGUGCUAUGUUGAGUUCUUGAUUCUUGUGAUGGAGCCCAUCCAUCAGCUGCUGAGGCGGAUGGACAGAGGAGGAAUGAUGAUGUCCAUCGUCUACGAGUGGAGCCGUCAUCUCGUUCAGCUUCUGACAAAGCUGGACGUUGUGCCGACCGAUCUUCUGACCCCGUGCGUGCGAGAGGUCAGGAUGCGGCUCAUGCACUUGUUGGAGCCCGCGCACGCUGCUGCUCAUCUCCUAAACCCCCGUCGUCGGUCUUUGAGGUACUACGCGUCCCUCCACACCACGACGGAGGAUGCGGAGGUUGUACAGGAGUGUGAUCGUUUUCUCCUUGCGCAGACUGGAGGUGAUCCCACCAGCAGGGAUUACCUCGUUGUUCUUGACCAGAUGCGUCGAUUCCAUGCGCGCAGUGGAGACUGGGGUGACAGGCUGGUGUCGGAUGCUGAGGCGGAGGGUUGCCAUGCGGAUCAGGAGACGCACCAUUGCGCGACGUGGUGGUUUGCCCACGACACUGCCCACCCUGAGUUACGUGCUAUCGCUAUCCGUGUGAUGCACAUGUGGACGUCAGCCUCUCCCGCGGAGAGGAAUUGGGCGGCCCAUGAGCGCAUUCAGACGACAAAGCAGGGCAACCUUGGCUUCACCAAGCUGGCACAGCUGGUUGAGAUCACGACAAAUCUCAAGCUGGCUUCAUGCAGGCAGCAGGGUGGCGGCUAUGUGCUUCCGUGGGUCAUGGAUGGUGUCGACACCGAGAGACGGCUGCCGGACGAGGACGAGGACGGCGGUGACCCCGAGCCUGACGUGUGGGGGGCCAGACCUGUUGGUACGUUCACCGACCGGGAGAUCAGGAGGCAGAUCGAUGUUUUUCGCAAGGACGACACAAGCCGUCCUCCAGAGGUUUCUGCUGUAUUUGGGGAUCGGGCGGCCACUGUGCUCCCUUUCGACCAUGUGCUUCCUCCCCCGUCCCGGGGAGCAGGAGAGGGUUCUGCGGCAGCCGCUGAGGACGGAGAGGACGAUUCAAGUUGGAUGGACGCAGAGGAUGUGGCGGGGGGCACAGAAAGGACGGCGGAGCAGGUGUACUUCACGUACGGGGGCGGGUCGGACGGGCAUGCGCCGCGGGCGUCCGUCAUCACGGACGAUGUCGCCGGCGGGGCACAGGGUAGCGCCACUCGACACCCUCCAGCAGGUCGAGGUCGUGGCGCCGUUGCUCGCGACGUUCACCCCCGCGCGAGGAGAGUUCUAGGGGUGGAGUCGAGUGAUGAGGACGAGGGUGUGGCACCUCACGCUGACUGCCUGCGGGAUCCGAGCCACCACUCCAGGGAGCAUUUAGAGCAGCUUCGCCGGUCACACAGGCUGGCAGAGCGCAGCGUUCCGGUGUCCCAGCAGCCUCUGGACAUACCGGUCGCGGAGGGGACACCGUCACACAGCGGCCCUGCACAGCCUGCGACAUCCUCUCUGCGCACCAGCGAUUUCGAUAUUGCGGGUUCGCAUGGGGGCUCGCCUGUCUUACGAUGCACAGUCCCUGACAGACCGGAUUACAGUACGGAUGUGAGGGAGAGGGAGGAGACUGUUGAGGAGAGGGAUGCUCGCCUGGAUCGCGAGGAGGAGGCACGGUUACAGUCCAUGCCUCGAUGGGAGGGCAGAGAGGCGUAUGAGGCCGAUCAGCGGAGGCAGAGGGAGUUAGAGACGAUAGGAGCAGGUCCGCCAUCGAGCGUCGGACGUAUGCCGACUUCUGACACGAUGCAGCCCCCCUCUGGGCCCUCUCAUGUUAUGGGUGGUGGUGCUGACUCGGACACAUGCGGAUUCCCCGCUGGAGGCGGGGGGCAGGCAGAUGUGCCAUGCGAGGGUGGUCAUGUUGGGGUUGUCGAGACAGUCGGGGCAGACACAGGAGCGGAGAGCUCCGACGACGGCGAGGAGUGUGCGGCCGCCAGGGCUAUCCUAGGCGACGUUGUGAUUGGCAUAUGCGCGGCAGGCACAUAUGGAGGGAUUCAUGGAGGGGAGGAGGGGAUGGUUGACGAGGGCAGUGUGCCUUUGCCUCAGGAGGAGUUGGUGGACGAGGGGAGUGUUCCUUUGCCUCAGGAGGAGUUGGUGGACGAGGGAAGUGUUCCUUUGCCUCAGGAGGAGUUGGACGAGGGCGAUUUGGCUUUGCCUGAGGAGGAGUUGGUGGACGAGGGCAGUGUGCCUUUCGAGGCUUUCGUUGAUGGCGCGGCAGAGGAGGGAGUAGCGGUCGACGCAGGCCACAGUGCCCCGUCCGUGCGAGAUGGCGUAACCGGAGGGCAUGUUGAGGAGGAGGGAGCAGCCAUCGACAUGUCCCUCGCGAUUAUUGUUAGGCCCCCGUCGGUGCGAGAUGUCGAGAGAGGAGGGCAUAUUGACUCGGGCGGGCYGGGCUCUUUCUCCACARGUGGGCAUUUCRGGGAGAUGCCUCAGUGGGAUGGCGGGGAACCGGGGGAGUGCACUCCAACCCCAUUACAUCCRGAGCAGCUAGAGAGGUUGGGGACGGAGGACCCUUUCCCGUUCACCGGUGGUCAGCCCUCGCCUCCCCCGUGGGCUCCAGUGAGCCCUAUGUGGACUGGAUCAUCGCAGUCCGACAUCCGCAAGCGGGAGUCUUUGGAGAGACAGGCGGCAGUGUUUUCAGGCGGGCCUGGCAGCAGCCAUGCGCAACCACUGACGCGCCUUGUAUCUCGAGCAUCGCAGCAGGGAUCAGCACGGGCUGCAGGUCUUCCACCAAUUGGAGGUCGAGGCAGCGGGCGUGGAUCUUCUUCGAGUCAUCGAGGUGGCGUUUUAGGGGGGUGGUCGUCUUGUCGACCGAUCACGGGGCCAGCUUACGGUGCCACUGCUGCCUGUUCACAACCGCUGCUCAACCCACCCCACCUUGCUGCCCCUAAUCCUAAUCCUUAUGCUCCCUCUGCUCCUCCUUUGCCGACGUUCCCACCACCUGCUACUACCUCUUCGCAGCCUUUUGCGCCGCCUAUCACCACUUACGCAACUUCGGCAGACUCGAUCGCUUCCUGUUCCAAUGCCAUUGUCCCAUAUCAACCUCGCCAGAUUGUCCAGAAUUCUGGCCCGCCCGCUUGGAACUCUUGGAAUCGGGGCUCUAGAUCAUAUGAGGGUGAGAUGGUCGCCUUGAUUCGUGAGAUUGCCUACGACAAUCAGGAAAUGAGAGAGUUGAGGAGGCAGGAAAACGAACGAAGGGUUAGAGAAGAACAGGAGAGAGCUGUUAAGGAAGCCGAGGAGAAAAGGAAAGAGGAGGAAUCGAAGAAGGAAGCUGAGAAAGAAGCAAGGUUAGCAAAGAUGUUGGACGAACGAAUGAAGGAGAUGGAGAAGAGGAGGGAGGAGGAGAACAAAAAAAUCUGGGAGAAGAUUGAGAAGGGGAAGGGUACGGAUGAGGCGGCUACCCAAGAAGACAAGGCGGCUACUAACGGCGACAACAAGAAACAAGGACAAGAAGAGAUGGCAGGUGCUGCCCCAAGUCAGCCUCCGACUCCGAGGCAACGCGUUCAAGAAGUUAACGCUCUCGAUGUCGGGCUUCUACUGAUGAACCUGGACAACGCGCAGCGAUCGCAAGCACAGCAAAAGAAGCUCAUGGAACAGCAGCAGUCUCAGCAGAACGCUAUGUUCGAGCGCAUGAUUGGGCUUAUUGAGAAGUUGGAUGUUGUGCAGCGAGCAAGUUCCUCUGCGCCCCCUCCUAUGCGGAUCCCACCUGCUGCCGCUGUCGCUACCGUGCCUCCCCCUCAGUUCCAACCAACCUUCCAACCUCCCUCGAUGCAAGGCCCCGCUGCUGCCACUGCUAUUCCUCCUCCUCAACCCCAACAAAACUUCCAACCCCCACCAAUCAGAAUCAUCCCUCCUGUUGCGCCCCCUCCCACUCAGCCUGCUCCCUCCGCCCCUGGCCAGCUCCCUCAACAUCCUCCGCCCGCCCAGCCUCCGUUGGCUACUCCUCCUCCUCCCCCUCCCUCACGAGCCGCCACCCAACUGUCACCCCCUCCAUCCCCUAUUGCACCUCCUCCUCCCCCUCCCCCUCCCCCUUCUUUUCCCCCCCCUCCUCCGCCUGCAGGCCCAACCCCUUCCUCUAGGCGAGCUUACCGAGAUCCGACUCUCGAUCGACAGAAUGGGACCACUAACCGACCAGUCACCAGGAGCAUGGGACCUCGUGGAACCCAGGCAGAAGACAUCCCAGGGCCUUCUCAGACACCUGCAGGCGGCAGAGUCUCUGGACGGCUUGCAGACGUCUUCGCAUCUGUAGCAGGAACUGCCAAGCGAAUGUCGGGCUCUUUCUCAGCAGUCAGAAGUGCCACCCCGUCUGUCCUGGGAUUUAAUCGCGCCAGAGAAGGGACCAAAGCCGUGGUAGCGAAUCCUGGGCCUGGAGGACGGCGGCAGUACCAACGGGAUAUGGAAAGGGAACUCAUGCAAAAGUAUAAACAGGAACUCGUUGAACUCUGCAACAAGGACAAAAUCAAGUAUCAUAACAAGAAGCAAGCUGUUGCGGAUCUGACAGCGAUCAAGGUAAGGGACGCAUAUGGUGAAGAAGAGGAGGAGGAGGAGGUAGAGGUUACCGAGGAGGAAACUCAAGAGGAGAAUCCCUCUUGAGUCUUACCGGGAUCCAUCCUGGUUAUGACAGCAGGUUAAUGA